CGAUUAUAGAAAAAGUACCAGAAUAAACUGUACUUUUUUCAUUAAAAAAAAAAUUAAUAAAUAAAAACCGAAAAACUACUUUCGAAAAACUAAAACAGACAAUUUCAAAUAAUGUGAGAAUGUAAAAUUAUAAAACAUGGCUAGCGAAGUUCCUAAAACUGAACGUUGAAAAAACAAAUUUUUAAUUAAAAUUUUUUUAAAAUUUAAAUGAUUGAAUGAAGAACGAAAAUAAAAUGUUUACCGAAGAUGUAAAUUAUUUAUUAAACUAAGAUACUUGUAUAUUAUUUAUUAAAAAUCCGUAAAAAAUUAAAAAAAAAUUUUGGCAAAAAGGCACUCAUGAUACAAUGAUGCUCCUAAAAUAUCGCUGCAGAGUUCCAGAAUAAAACAAAUUAGUUCUAUUUUCUCAACAAUAAGAAAAAAUAUAGCCAAUCGCAAGUAAAUAAAUAAAAACGCGAACAACGCGGAUAAUCAGCGGAAAAUUAUUCGGAAAGUAAAACAAUCAAACAAAACAAACAUUUUAUUGAGCAAAACUUUAGCAACUGCGUAGCAUACUUGAAGGCGCAGAAAGUAUAUGCAGCGCAUACUCGUACUAAAGAACAAUGAGAAUGUCACCCAACACAAUGAACUGUUGCGCUGUACUGACGCCAUCAGCGGCAGGUACCCUCCUACGUCGCAAUGAUACGCAGCGUAUAUUGUCUUUGGCCACCAGCCACAACAUCGCUUCGGCGCAACAGUUGGCCGAUGUGGAGGAGUUGUGCACGUGGCGACAUAGAAUGCGCCGCGGCAGCAACGAAUGCAAAAGCCCCGUUCAGUGUGUAGACUUUACGUCUACGUCGCCAUUAAAUGCAAGCACACCAACGCCAGCAGCGACACCAUUCUUAAUGCCGGCAGAUUUCUACAAAAGUUUGCUCGUAAGCGCUGCUGCUUUGCAGCAACAGCAGCAGCAUCAACAUCAACUGCAUCGACAAAAACAGUUAUAUGAAAGUGAGGUCGAGUACGAGCGUAAAUCGCCGACAGACUCACAGCGUGCUGCAUCCUCUAAUACUGCGCAUUUCUCACGUAAUUUCUUCUUCUCAGCAGCAGCGGCUGUAGCUGCAGCUCAACGCAACGCUGUUGCAGCGGAACUGCCCAGCGAGGCGACCGGAGACUCAAAUGACAGCGCGAGCGGUAGCAAUCAUAAGCCCAACAAUUAUUCUUGGCCCCUGGCAGCUGUCACACCGCCGAGCGCAAUAACCGCGCAAGCGAAUACAGCGACACCGACCAGCACCACUGGUUCUACUGCAAAUCACACGUCUUCACAUCAUAUUACCCUCCUACCGUCUUCCGGUUCGGCCACACCGACACCUCCCGUCGGCGGUUUAGAUUUGCAUACCGCGAUCGCUGCUGAAGCCACACACAAUUUCGAGAACACGUUAAAGUCACCCGCUCGACAACAACAGUCAACUCCACCAACACAGCAACAACAGCGCAACUCCUCGUCGGCAAACCAUUUGAGCAAUUCACAUCAAUCACAGCAACAACAUCAGCAUCAGAGUUUGCAUUCGACCGGCUCUACACCCAGUUCGCCUACAGCGGUCAGUGCAGCUUCGGAAGCAGCAGCAGCAAGUGCAAGCACAGCCGUCGCCGCCACCAUGCCGAUUGGCGGGGUUCAGGGGCAAAACCCCACACAGGGUUUAGUGCAUUGGAUGAGUGCCGUUAUGGCCGAACAUAUGACUGGGCAGACGCAUCACGAUCCGACAGGUGUUGGCAUGCAUUACAUGUGGAAUGGUAAUGUCGAUUGCGGACAACAUAGUAAGGAAAUUGCCGAUUAUAACGGAUGGCCAUCAGCGGUCGCAACUCGCAGCCACAUGUCAGCCAUCAAGCAAGGAUAUGAGGCCAAAAUGAACGACCAUCACAAUAACUUACAAAAAGGUCACUUUCUCGAUGAUAGCCGCCUCGUAGAUCAUCACAGCGCGGUAACGCCGCAGGGUAAUCACAGUGGCAUGGCGUCAGCCGCUUCUAUUUAUGGGCCUAGCGCCACAUUGCGAACCAUUGCCACUUCGAACAGUAAUUCACCUGCUGGAGGAGGAGGAGGUAAUGGUGGCGGCGGUAGUUUAGUCACUGCUACGGGUGGUCUAGGUCUUAUCGGAGCCAGCAACGGUGGUCUUGUUGGCAGUAGUAGUGUCGGUGGCGGCGGGCUUGUUGGCCUUGGGGGCGCGAGCAUUGGUAGCAUAGCGCACCACGCGCCAACAACGUCUAAUCACAUGACGCAUCAUCACAGUGCGUCAACGGCUGCAUUGCUGGUUGUACCGCAGCCAAUUAAUGCGAGCAAAAUGAAUGUCACACUCGGAGCCGGUGGCAGCGGUACAGGCAGAAAGUAUCAGUGCAAAAUGUGCCCGCAGAUUUUCAGCUCGAAAGCGGACUUGCAGCUGCACACACAAAUUCACAUGCGCGAGGCCAAACCGUACAAGUGUACACAGUGCUCCAAAGCGUUCGCAAACUCGUCCUACCUGUCACAACACACACGCAUCCACCUAGGAAUCAAGCCGUACCGCUGCGAGAUUUGCCAGCGCAAAUUCACCCAACUAUCCCAUCUGCAGCAACACAUCCGCACCCACACUGGCGACAAGCCAUAUAAGUGUCGACACCCCGGCUGCCAGAAAGCUUUUUCGCAACUUUCCAAUCUGCAGUCGCACUCGCGUUGUCACCAAACGGACAAACCAUUCAAAUGUAAUUCCUGCUACAAGUGUUUCUCGGAUGAGCCCUCCUUACUCGAUCAUAUACCCAAGCACAAGGAGUCUAAGCACCUGAAGACACACAUUUGCCAGUAUUGCGGCAAAUCGUACACACAAGAGACAUAUCUAACGAAGCAUAUGCAGAAGCAUGCAGAACGCACGGACAAGCGACCACCGAUUGCCGCUUUGACCGCGAGUGGUAAUGUCACCGGCGCUGGCGCGAUUUUAGGUGGUAGUGCCAACAGCGCGCCUGGUAGCAAUGUGAACGGGGGUAAUAUGGCAAGUAGCGUUGCGGGCGGCACUAGUGGUGGUGGUGGUGUUGGCGGUGUGGGUGUGAGUAGUUUGCCAAAUUCGAAUACACAUAAUCGGCAGACGCUCGGCUUGCCGCCGGUGUCGAUAGCACCCACCGAGCAUUCAUAUUGGCCUAAGGUCAGUCCAGAUUCCGCCGCUAAUAUGACAGAUGUCAUGCACCAACACCAACAGCAACAGCAACAACACCAACAGCAGCAGCAUCACCAUCAUCAACAACAGCAGCAACAUGGCGGCCAGCAACACCAUCAUCAGCAGCAACAACAACAGGCACAGCAACAGCCGCCGCAACAGCAACAGCACAUGGACUUUUCGAAUGUGAAUUCAAGUGGUGGAAGUAGCGCUGGUGGCGGGGGCGGAGCCGGUGGAUCUGGUGGGCCACCAAACGGACAUGGCGAACUGCAAACGCAUCACAGAAUGAGUGACAAUGGUCGGGACGAAAUCGUGUCUACACCAUCCACUGUUGGACCGUACGAUGCGGCGAGUAUCACGAAGACCACAAGCAAUUCUGCGUUCACCCCGAUCAAUUCAAUGCCGCCACACUUGAAUACACUUAGCCACCAUCCCAUGGCGCAGCGUCCAUAUCUAUAUGAUGCUAUCAGCUUCCAGAACAAAAAUGUCAAUCAAAAUAAUUCCAAUUCAUUUCCAAACCAACUGAUUUCGCUACACCAAAUUAGAAACUAUGCGCACCAACCGGCCGGUCUUAUGGCGGGCGAACAUUUACUCGGUGUUAGUGUGGGACCCGGUAAAGAUAAAGGAUAGCUAUAUUUUUAAGUGCGAAAGCACGAACGACUUGGGGGCGAUUACUUAGAUGUACUUGAUGAAUAUGUAAACUAAGGGCUGCUUUAUUUGGUACGAGCAUUUUGGUGAUGUAUUGAAACAUGAUUAUUUUUAAACUAAAAUUCCAACCCUCCAAUUAAGAAAACCGUCAUGUAAAAGUAAAAAAUUGUUAAAAAACGUAAUGAAAGAAAAGAUAAUAUAUACGUCUAGAUCAGAAAAGUGAUAUAGUUAAACGGACUUACAAAAACUGACGAGUGACAGAAAACGUCUCUUUCGAUUGCAUAACAAAAGAUUCUUAAAACAAUACCAUAUAUAAUAUAAUAUAUGGUUUCUACGGUUAGCAUUAUUUUUUAUAAUUUAAUAUAGGUAUCCACAUAUAUAGUUUGCUCUCAUGAUAAAGUAUGUUUUUAAACUUUAAUUUCCGUUUAUAAUAUUUUUUGAAAGUACAUAAACGGGUACAGCCGGUUAAAAACAGAAACAUACGAGGCAAAAGUUUAUAUUUUACAUGCCACUAUAAAAAAGAAUAUACACAUUUGGAUCUGUCACUUAUCAAUACUCACACAACUUACGAACUGCCUUAAUGCUAUUAUAACUAUAACAUUAAAGGUCUAUUGCAGAAUAGAUACCGUGUACCACUUCUGAGAAUCGAGAAAUUAAUUAAAAAUCUGGAGCUGCCUAAAAAGGGUUGGAGAACCCAAAACUUCUCUCUUGAUAAAUAAAAUUAAGCUACAUCGGAUGAAUGAAAAGCAGUAGAUGAUGGCAUGUGAUUCACUAUAAGUAAUUCUUAAUUCACUUAACCCUACUUCUACCUGAUCCAAUGUAUUGGGCAGUUGCUUUCCGAAAAAGGCGACCUCACUGUGCUUUUUAACAAAUAAAAACAAAAAAAAAUGUUAAUUUCGGUUGCACCGAACAAUUUCUUCUAUGAUUACAUUGUUGCUUUAGGAAAUAACUCAAAUCAUCAUGCUGACAUAUAUUUUUUAUACGGUCUCCGACGUUUCCCUCUGGGUGUUACAAACUUCGUGGCAAAUUUAAUACACCGUGUUUAGGGUAUAAUUAGAAACGAUAUUAUUUUAAAUGCACUCAACAAUAAAACUAUUAAAAUUUCUCUCAUAUACUCUAAGUUAUUCAUCGCUAGCUGUAACUAUUCUCUCCCAACUAAUUUCAUCUUGACAAGAUAGUAUACAAAAAUUCCAUAAGAGAAUGUAGUUAACAACAUUUUACCCGUUUACCUACCCAACUUACGUGUACAUUCGGUUUGAUAAUGAGCUUAAAUGAGGACCGAAAAUCUGCAUAACCUAACCUUAAAUUCCGAACUGGUUCAAAAGUUUCCAUAUUUUCUAAAAUAAUUCCUCAACCAAUCGAGACCCAGAAAUAUUGGGCUGUAAAUUGGAUGAAUAAUUCAACCAAUGCAUUGGUACUUCUGAUAACUGGUUAUCAGAUACAGAGAAUUAUUGGAAUUGUUCCAAUAAUGUAAUAAUUAAUACAGCCACCAAUUUAUCGUUAAAAAUUGUUUAUCAAAUUAAGCUACCUAUAAGAUUUUUAUUAUAUUGACAAAACUUAAGGAACUUGAUUUGGUGAAUUGUUAUUAAAAAAAAGCAAUACGAUAAAUAUGAGGGCGGUUCCGACCAGCUGGUUCCAAAUGAAAAAAUAUACUUGUAGAUAUUUUCCGUAAUUAUUCUUUUAAAUCAAAAAUUUGGUGUUUCAAUUUACUACAGGCUAUUUUUUGUUUUGAAUCCUCUUUAACUUAAAAUAUAUAAUAAUAAAUGUUCAGUAUAAUACGAGUAUUUUAUUUUUUUGUUUUAAGUCUAAAAAAUCGACUAUAGAACAAACUAAUGAAUUUUAUUGUUCAAAAUGUUUAAUUUAUUGCUAUAAAUUUUAUAAAAUAAAUUAAUUAUUUGUUUUGGUUAUCGAGAAAAGCAGUUUAAUACGACAGCAAACGUUUGGGACAAAGGUUGCCACUUAUUUAAAUUUUUCAUUCAGUUGAAUUGAUAACUACAAUGGCAGCAUUAAACAAAACAAAAUCUGGCGCUUCAUGGUUUCCACCUACCCAAUACCUGAAAAAACUAUUUCUUUGCAGAAUAGAACGUAAAAAAUAGCGCACUAUCAACAUUGCAACUAUGAGAGACAUUGCAAUUAUGGGAAUUAUUGUGUUAAUUAAAAUUAAAGGUUAGAUUACAAAGAUUAAUCAACACGGGGUUCUCACUGGUUUACAGAAUUUUCCAAAUGCGUUAAUCAGCAACAGAACAAAGUACCAUCCUAAUGACCAUGCAUAGGAUAUUGUAAACUUUCUUCAACUCGGUAGUUUCGCUUCUGCAUAAUAAAGAAUUAUUGUAGCGUAAGUUCUACUGUUUUUCAUUUACUUUUCAUUAUUAAAAAUUUUGCAUAAAAAGACUGAACAAAUGAAAUUUAAUAAAGGAUUGAACAAUAUUAAGAAAAGUAUAUUUAUGCAUGAAAGCCCAUACGAUGUUUACGGCAUUGAAACAACUUAACCUUACAAGCAGCUUCAUCUGAAAAGAGAUUGGACACCAGUAGAUCAGCUAUCAUAAGCAACGCACUGGUGUUAAACAGUUCCACUGGCGCUCGUAAAAAGUCCAGCAACUAAGUAACUAAUCCGAUUGAUUAAUUAACUAAUCAAUAUACUAACUCACUAUGAUUAAUUGAGAAUUACACAGACAACAGAGCAUAAAAUCAACACAUUUAAAAUAGAAAAUUUGUGAAUUUAACUUAUUUAGAGUAGUUUAAGGAAGAAGCAAUAGAGCAGUGAAACCGUUACAUGUAAUUUUACUGAUUUUUAUAUCUGUGUAAAUUGAUUUAAGCGCAUUUAUGUAAAAAUGUUUAGUAAAUAACAUAAAAGGACUAAAAUACAUACAAAUAUACAUGCAAAUGUUUAACUGUAAUUUAUAGUGUAAGUGUAACUGUAAACAAUAUAUUCGUAAACUACUAACUAACAGGAAACGAAAAAGCCGUCACAGUGAGAAAAUAGUGUGCAGUAAAUAUGAAAUGGCGUUGCCAUGUGCGUACGAGGAUCACUUCAACUAAGUUUUAGAAAUAAAAUAAGAGUAAAAACAAAACGUUUGAAUUAAAAAAUGUGUAAAAA